AAGUGAGGUUAGUUUGAAGAAAAAAGAACGGAAAUGGCUCAGGCUUUCCGGCAGGCAUUUCCACUCAUCCGAAAGGAUACUCUGCAUUGGUUUCCAGGACACAUGGGCAAGGGUCUGAGGCAGAUGCAGCAGAAACUAAAAUCCGUUGACUGCGUGAUUGAGAUUCACGAUGCUAGGAUUCCACUUUCAGGCCGCAAUGAAGACUUCCGGUACACAAUUCGGGGAGUAAAGCCGCAUAUUCUAGUGAUGAACAAGAAGGACUUGAUACCCCGUGGCAGUGCCUCAAAGAUCGUGGAGAGAAUUAAGGAUUCCGAUGACUGUGAGCAUGUUUUGUUUACAAAUUGCAAGGAUCAGCAGUGCGAAGGUGUGAGGAAAUUGCUUCCGCUGGCCAAGAAGCUCAUUGUCAACUCCAACAGAUACCAUAGAUCGGAACUUGGUGAGUUCUGUAUUAUGAUAAUUGGGGUGCCGAAUGUGGGCAAAUCGUCUCUGGUGAACAUUUUGCGGAAUAAACAUCUGCACAAGAAAUCCGCUUCUGCUGUUGGUGCUGUUCCGGGAAUCACAAGAACUGUCCUCAAUCGCAUCAAAAUAUCUGCCAACCCGCCAAUUUUCGUCCUCGAUACCCCGGGAAUCCUGACGCCAAAGAUUGGGAACAAUGAGACUGGACUCAAGUUGGCUCUUUGUGGCUGUCUGCAGGAUCACUUGGUGGGUCCUGUGGUCAUAGCAGACUACCUCCUGUUCCGCUUCAAUCUCGAAGAGGAUUUCCGUUACGUGGAAUUCAUGGGACUAGAGAAGCCUUCCGAUAACAUCAUUGAAGUUUUAACUGCCGGAGCUAAAAUGCUCAAUAAAUCCCUGAAAGUCAAGACAGUGAUGGGGGAGAUCAGCAUCCGGCCGGACAUUGAAACUGCUGCCCAUUACCUGCUAAAAGCAUUCAGGAAAGGAGAAUUUGGACCCAAGAUGUUAGACAAAUUGUAGAGAAUCUUUUUUUUGCACUUUUUAUUAGGAAUAAAAUUACUCAAUACACUACA